AUGUCAUCGUCAUCCCAUGACAUCUACGAGACUCUACGUGGAAUACUUACCGAGAGGAAAUCCAACGAGGCCUUCGAGAUUGAGAUUGUGUCUCCAGAGCUGGGACCGCUUGUGCGAGAUGGAUCCUGCAUUGGCAUCAGCAAGAAAGCCCUCGCAAAGGCAUUCAUAACUGCACGACGGCGAUUUACAGAAUAUCUCAUUCAGCGCAGUCAAACACCGACCACUCUCUCAGCAGAAGAAAAGGAUCAAGAUCUUGCCGCCGCAACGGAGAUCAUCCUCCUCUUUGACUGUGAACAUGUAACGGCAUGCAACUGGAGGAAGCGACUGAUCAGUUCUGCUUCAAAGCAAGAGUGUGCCACCAUCGAGGGCAAUCUCGAAAGAGAACGGAGUCUAAUGACAACUUUCCUUUGUUCGCCGCUACACCGGCAUACAAAGUCGCCUACGCUAUGGCAGCAUCGACUAUGGAUCCUGACUGAACUUUUGAAACUAAAGGCACAACAACAAGGUGCAACAAGCUCUUGUGAAACUUCCAACGAUUUCUUACGUGAAAUUUUUUUCGAGGAGUUUGAUGUAGUAUGUAAGGCUGGCCAGUUACAUCCGCGGAAUUACUAUGCCUUCGGUUAUAUGCGCCAAGUGCAUGCUCUGAUGAUAGCUCAGCCUGCGUCGUCAUCAACCAAAGACGAAUCAUCAGGAAUGUUAACAGGAAGCAGUGCUCUAUCACUAGAGCUAGCCCUGGUCAUGAUUGAGCCUAUGUUGAAAUGGUGUUUAUCCAAUCCGAGUGAUAUAUCUGGGUGGAUGUAUCUAUUUUAUCUUCUCGAUUAUGGUGAUGAUGAUAACGCCCUUAUAAGGAACGGGAACUUUAAUACAAAGAGGAAACUGGUCAUGGACCGGACGCUUCAUUUUUCGGGAAUAACUACAUGGGAGGGCGAGAGUUUAUGGACGUUUGUUGACUUAAUGCUGGAAAGAUUUGGCGACAGUGUUCUUCCAGAACAAGCCACGUCUGAUGAUUCUUAUACCGGGAUACCAUCGAAAAGAGACGAUCUGCCGGCUGCACGAUGGCAGAAGACAAUGAACAGAAUAAAAAAGGACUACAGUGGAAAGUGA